AUGGAAAACCACCGGAAAGGCGACGACCCCUGGCGGCCAGGUUGGGACCCCCGGCGUCUCGCGACGCUGACACGCCCGGAUCCGCGCUACUACCGGUACGUCCCAGACCUGUCGGGCUACUUUGUGGUCGCGCACUAUCAGACCCCGGACUGGCGGCCCGGCGAGGGUGACCCGGGCAGCAUCCGCUGGCUCCGCGAGGAGGCGCCCGAGCUCAUAGUCGACGGCCGCCUCAGGGUAGACAGGGAGGAGGUAGGCGGGGAGACUAGAUCGUGUCUGGCAGUCACUGGUGGUGGUAGGGCUGCGGCUGCGGCGAGUGUGAGAGCGCAGGCGCAGCAGAAGAGUCCGUCGAGUGCGCCACCGGUCUCGAGGCCGUUUGGUGGUCGGCCUGAGUGGGGCAAUGGUGAGGCGGCUUCUUACCAGUCUUAUGGACUUGCGAGGGACUAUCCACAACAUGGCAGUGAGGGUUGGCAGACGGGGGAGAUCAAUUCACAACCAGUCCUGCAGCAGCAGCAGAACCAAAACCUCCAGGACUGUGGCUUUCAGGGCCAUCAGUCGCACAGCAUCGAGCAAGCCAACAGCAGAACAUAUGGCACACUACAACAGAAGCAACAGAGACCGACGCCCGAAAGAAAACCAAGCAACGAAAGCUCAGACGACCCUCGACGAUCGUGGAUUUGGCCAGAAACCAGCGAAGUCGCGUCUUCAGGACAGCAACUGGACCCGCGCCAUCUGCGCAUUAGCCGAGACGUGUUAGCCGAGAUUCAUCAACUCCCAAUGGGCCAUCCGCAGAGUCCUUGGGGUUGGCCUGAGAACUCGGACGAGUCGGGCGUGACGGAGGCGGAGAGCAUUGGCAUGAGGGAGGCGCGACGGAGACACAACGCUGAGAUUGAGAAACGAGCGCCCCAUCCGCAACGCUACAUCCGUCCGUCGUCGCCCAGCAUAGGAAACCAGGGACCUUGCCGAGACUCUAGGCAUGGCUCGACAUCAAGCAGCAGCAACAGUAGCAGCAGCGGCUUUCCGAUGCGGGUGCCACAGUGGCCCGGCGCGCAGGAGCGGUACGCGGGCAGCCGCGACUCGCCGUCGUAUCUGCAUGGCACGCAACGAAUUUCGGAUGAAAGUCAGAAUUACACCGACAGCAGUGGCAGUGGCGAUACGCUCGAGCAUAGACGGGGAAAUUAUGUCUAUGGGGGCUUCGAGGAGCCAGACGGUGGGCCUGGGGCUCGGAAGGGUCCUUGUCUGGAGAACCAAUUCGCGACUUUGCAGAUUGGCCGGGAUGAGGGGCGCUACAAUGAUGACUGCUCAACAGCUCAGUAUCACCUCGGAAUCAUCUUUCACAAAGAAGUGAACAGCCAAGGAAUAGUUGGCCACCAGAAGACCAGCGGCGCCAUCAAUCACGAAUGCAGCAGCAACAACAACCCCAGUCCCAGCGAUACACGCCGUCAGAUUUUUAGUUUCAGCUGCCGACGUCCAGACGGCUCGACCGCGUAUAUGACGAGGCCGACCACUGGAUUAAAUUGCCGCUUGAUUGAGGUUGUGACCCAGAAGAUUGAGACCGUUUCUCUCCGCCGUUGA